UUCCGGGUCGUGGCCGCGAGCCACAGCUUCACUUGAGCCGCAAGGCCCACUGGGUAACAAGUCUGGCCCCGCUCACGCAGAGUUCAGACGUCGACGUCCUCUGCGACGCAGAGCGGCAGGCGACACAGCCAAUCGCGGCAAGGAAAGCAGUCUGUGGAACCAAUGGCACGCAGCGGGGCGGGGCGCGACGGGCGAAGAGCGUCUCGAGGAGCCGCCCUGCCGGGAAGGAGCCGAAAAGGAGUCGGCGGCACAAAAUGGCGGCAGCGGUAGCGACAGCGGCGACAGCUGCCGCCGGCGCUCCGGGACCAGCAGGCCCCGGAGCGGCGGCCAGCACCCCAAGCUCGGGAAGCGCGGCUCCAGGAUCCCAGGGGGUCCUGAUUGGGGAUCGGUUGUACUCCGGGGUGCUCAUCACAUUGGAGAACUGUCUUCUGCCUGACGACAAGCUCCGCUUCACGCCGUCCAUGUCGAGCGGCCUCGAUACCGACACUGAGACCGACCUCCGCGUGGUUGGCUGCGAGCUCAUCCAGGCGGCUGGCAUCCUGCUCCGCUUGCCGCAGGUGGCGAUGGCUACCGGACAAGUGCUGUUUCAGAGGUUCUUUUACACCAAGUCCUUUGUGAAGCAUUCCAUGGAGCAUGUGUCAAUGGCCUGUGUUCAUCUGGCCUCCAAAAUAGAAGAGGCUCCAAGACGGAUACGAGAUGUCAUCAACGUAUUUCAUCGUCUUAGACAUUUAAGAGAGAAAAAGAAACCUGUACCUCUUCUAUUGGAUCAAGAUUAUGUUAAUUUAAAGAACCAAAUUAUAAAGGCUGAGAGACGAGUUCUCAAAGAGCUGGGUUUUUGUGUCCACGUGAAGCACCCUCAUAAGAUAAUCGUUAUGUACCUUCAGGUGUUAGAGUGUGAGCGUAACCAACACCUGGUCCAGACCUCAUGGAACUACAUGAAUGACAGCCUUCGCACUGAUGUUUUUGUGAGGUUCCAGCCUGAAAGUAUUGCCUGUGCCUGCAUUUAUCUUGCUGCCCGCACACUGGAGAUCCCUUUGCCCAAUCGUCCCCAUUGGUUUCUUUUGUUCGGAGCAACUGAAGAAGAAAUUCAAGAAAUCUGCUUAAAAAUUCUUCAGCUUUACACUCGAAAAAAGGUUGACCUGACUCAGCUGGAAAGUGAAGUGGAAAAGAGGAAGCAUGCCAUCGAAGAUGCCAAGGCACAAGCUAAGGGCCUGCUGCCUAGCAGCGCACAGGUUCCCGACAACACUUCAGGAUUCUCACCUGCCCCCAAGCUGGUGGAAUCUCCCAAAGAAAAUAAAGGAAGCAAGCUUUCCCCGGUUUCUGUAAAGAACACCAAGAGGAAAAUAGAGGGUGUGAAGAAAGCCAAGGCUGACAGCCCAGUGAAUGGCCUGCCAAAAGGGCGAGGGAGUCGAAGUCGGAGUAGAAGCCGUGAGCAGAGCUACUCAAGGUCCCCAUCCAGAUCUGCCUCUCCUAAGAGAAGGAAAAGUGACAGUGGCUCAACAUCUGCCGGGUCCAAGUCACAGAGCCGCUCAAGAAGCCGGAGUGAUUCCCCACCAAGACAAGCACACCGAGGUGCUCCCUACAAAGGCUCCAAAGUAAGGAGCUACCGGAAGUCCAAGGACUGUAAGUACCCCACCCAGAAGCCACACAAGUCUCAGAGCCGUAGUUCCUCACGCUCUCGAAGCCGCUCACGGGAGCGUCCAGAUAAUUCUGGAAAAUACAAGAAGAAAAGUCACUACUAUAGAGACCAGCGUCGGGAACGAUCAAGGUCCUAUGAGCGAACAGGCCAUCGUUAUGAGCGGGACCACCCUGGGCAUAGCAGGCAUCGGAGGUGAGGCGUGGGGGUUCUGGAGGGUACCUUUCAUCCCUCAGCAUGACUGGCCCAGAGGCAAAAUUUUCUGGAAAUGGUGAUUGAUCUGGAGCUUGUGAUGAAUUUGGAAUUGGAGUCCAAGGCCAGCCAGGUGCCCUACCAGCCAGUCCGGGCGCAGCAUGCACCCUCGGGGCACAAGGCCCACCUCGGCAGUGACCCUGCAGAGGCUGGAUGAAGAAGCUGACACACACAUCCUGGUGGUGUGGCUUGGUGCUAAUGACAGGCUUGUCUCUUCAUUCCCAAACAGAUAAUUACGUUGAACCAAGAAAAUGACUUAGAACCUUUCUUUGCCUAUAUUAGGUUGUACUUAUGUACAUAUUUUGCGGUGUUACACAAUGAGAAAAUGGCCUUAAUAGCCCCAUAUUCUCUAUCCAUGUUGUAAAUAAACAUGUGUUUCAUACAAGUUAAAGCUAUAUAUGAAAAAUCAGAACUUGAAUUCUGUCAGCUUAAAACUUGUGUAGAGAACUGAUUUUUAAAAUGUGAAGGUAUUUAGAUCUGUGUUGAAAGUCGUAUAUUUUUAUCUGUGUGAUGCUGAGUGCAGGCCACCAGCUCCUAAAUAGAGAAGUUUCAUAUAUAUGCAUUUUAUGUGGUUAAAUAAACACGAUUCUCUCUACUCAGGACAUUUGGAACUUUAAAAGACUUUGUAGUUUGUCAUUCUGCUUGUUCAUUACUGUGCACAGCCCACACUACCCAUUCUAGUGGUAUGUCUGUGCUGUGUCCUUGAUCUCAUUAAAAUGUUGGAUUUUGUAUUGA